AGGGGAGCGAACUAUAACUUAAAGUGCUGCUAUUGGAACUUUCUUUUCUUUCAAAAGUAUAUUUCAAACAAUGGCCAAGGUGAUUUCCCAAGACACCUUUGAUGGUGUUGUGCAGGAGAAUAUAAUUGACUUUUCAAUGAGCCCGGCCGAGGCGAGGGAGGAGACUAUAAAGCAAUUUGAGGCACAGGGAAUAAACCUGGCUAACAUUAUAAAGGAUUUGGCCAUCAAUGCUGAAUCUGGAAAGCCUAUAAUUAAUGAAACCAUCGAUAACAUAAAAACGCACAUUACCGAAAAAGACACGGAUGUACAAAAGAUUUUGGAGUACUUAACCAUUUUAGACAUGGAGUGCCAAAAAUCGCUACCACAUCGAGUGCUCGCCGGAAAAAUCGGAGCCCAGGGCGCACUCAUUACGCUGUUGGAGACUGCUUUGUCCGACCCCGAGACGCUCGACGCCACGUUAAUUGCCAAGUGCCUGCAAGCCGCAAACAGUUUGACUAACAAGCAACCCGAUUUGUUCGAUGAGCAAGCCAUGGCGGUCGUCCUUAAAUUACUAAAUCUUAAGGAUCAAGUAGACAUCACUUGCCUCACAUUGCAAUGGUUGCAGAAGGCGUGUGUCAUGCAUGAGAUAAAUCGUCAGAACAUCAUGAAAACCAAUGCGGUCCAACUAAUGAAGCCAAUGCUGUGUAAAGAUAACGCUCGCUUGGUGCGUGAGCUGACGGCUGUAUUCCGGUUUCUUGUGCUAGACGAUGACAUACGGGUGGAAUUUGGUUGUGCUCACGAACAUGCUCGCCAAAUAGCCGGCGAAGUUCUGCUGCAGCUUGUGGAUAUGCUAUCUACGUACAAUGAUGUCAAUGUGCUAGCCGACUUGCUGCUUACCAUUGGAGCACUGACCGUGCGCCAGGAGCUAUGUACUGUCAUAGAUGAAGCAGGUGGCUUAAAGCUAGUUCUCGAUAUAAUGACCAGAAAUGUGGAUGUAGUGCGUCUGAACCGCGAAGCCUUGAAGCUUCUGCGAGCAAUGGCUGGUCAUGAUACAGUCAAAGCUCACAUUGUACAGCAAGGUGCGGCUCCAAUCAUUAAAGAAGUGCUGGAGAACAAUUUGUCAAAUGAGACUAUUGUUUCCGCGGCAUUGGCCUGCAUAACAACGUUAACGUUACGCGUUAAGGAGCACAGCACAGCCUUCUUCGAAACAGGCAUUGCCGAAAUUAUGGUGGAGGCGCUACGCGCACACACCAAGCACAAACUAGUACAGCGUAAUGGUGCCUGGGCUAUACGCAACAUGGUUUCACGUUCCCGGAAUCAAUGCGAAACUUGGCUCACAUACGGCACCGAGGAUUUACUAAACGCUGCCAUGAUAGAGCACCCGAGCGUGGCGCAGGACAUAAAAGCCGCACUGCGGGAUCUUGGCUGUAGUGUGCAGCUUCGCGAGGAGUGGACGGGGACGGCGGAGAAGAAAAUUGCUGCCUAAAAUUUAUACAGCUAAUAAUUAAAAAAACACUCAUUGUCGUUCACUCAUCGGCCACCCCCUACCUAUAAUGUAUUAAUGCAUUUUUAUAUUUCUACAUAUUUUUAUAUAAUUACUGAGCUAAAUUAAUAACCAAUUAUCGCAUACAUUACAAACUAAUAAAUUAUAUGGGAUUAUA